CACUAUAAAAUUUACAUUGUAGAAAUCUAUGCGAUCUGGCAGAACCCCGGACAGAACUUGAACAAAUAUUCUUGCAAGAUGCCUGCCAAAGGAAAGAGGUGGUUGCUUGUAAAACACUUUGAUGGUUUCCCGAAGGAAAGUGACAUGAGGCUAGAGGAGUUUGAUCUACCAGAGCUCAAAGAUGGGGAAAUAUUGUUGGAAGCCGAAUAUCUGUCAGUGGAUCCUUACAUGAGACCUUACAGUGCCAGAUCACCGUUGAAUACUGUCAUGAUCGGGCAACAAUUGGCAAAAGUCAUCGAGACUCGUAAUGCAGAUUUCCCUGUCGGGACAUGGACUCUUCCAUUUACUGGUUGGACAACACAUUCUGUGAGCACUGGCAAGGAUCUUAUGAAAAUGCCUCCACUCCCUGAGGGAAUACCCCGAUCAUACACCAUUGGAUCACUAGGUAUGACAGGCUUGUCAGCGUACUUUGGUCUUCUGGAUAUCACUGAUCCUAAGCCAGGAGAGACUGUCCUGGUUAGUGGAGCUGCCGGUGCUGUAGGGAACGUUGUAGGACAGAUCGCUAAGAUCAAGGAGUGUCGAGUGAUCGGAUCGGCAGGAAGUGAAGAGAAGUUGGAGUAUCUGAAGGAACUUGGUUUUGAUGAAGUCUUCAACUACAAGACAACACCAGACCUUGAUGCCAAGCUCAAGGAACUAGCUCCAGAUGGAAUUGAUGUAUAUUUUGACAAUGUUGGUGGCGAGUUUGCUACCGCUGCACUACAGAACAUGAAAUUAUUUGGACGUAUCUCAUGUUGUGGAGCCAUUUCCAAUUACAACUUAAAAGAACCUGAAAAACUAUCAUCAAUCUAUGGUAAGAUGGUUUCAAGCCAACUGAAGAUGCAAGGGUUUCUUAUCACUAAAUAUCGAGCACGAUUUGAUGAAGCAGUCGGCGUCUUGGUACAGUGGGUACAAGAGGGUAAGAUCAAGGUUCGAGAGCACAGGACUGAUGGGUUUGAUAACAUGUUCAAAGCAUUCGCUGAACUCUUCACCGGAGCUAACACAGGAAAAGCUAUCGUCAAAGUCUAGCUUUUCAGUGCUCACUGAUGAAUUUUCAGCACCAUCUUCGUACAAAAAUAAGGAUGGAUAAUAACUAAUAUGUGAUAGAUCUAUGA